AAACACAUUUCAUUGUAAACGACUGGGAGUAUCUGAGCAAAUUAUUUCUUAUGUGACUUUAAAGAAAACGGCUACCUAUCUGACCCCAAAACGACUUGAGGAAACUGUUUCCACGGUCCUGCUGCAGAGGGGAAGCACAGUCGUCAAGAAGAGAGUGGGGUCAGGAUCAACACACAUUUAGUGUGACUUAGGGAAAGAAAACAUUUUCCCUCUUUGAACCUCUCUACAGUCAUUUUGCCUCUACUUGGGGAUCAACUGUUCAACCUCAAUGGCCUUUCAGGACCUCCUGGGUCACGCUGGUGACCUGUGGAGAUUCCAGAUCCUUCAGACUGUUUUUCUCUCAAUCUUUGCUGUUGCUACAUACCUUCAUUUUAUGCUGGAGAACUUCACUGCAUUCAUGCCUGGCCAUCGUUGCUGGGUCCACAUCCUGGACAAUGACACUGUCUCUGACAAUGACACUGGGGCCCUCAGCCAAGAUGCACUCUUGAGAAUCUCCAUCCCACUGGACUCAAACAUGAGGCCAGAGAAGUGUCGUCGCUUUGUUCAUCCCCAGUGGCAGCUCCUUCACCUGAAUGGGACCUUCCCCAACACAAGUGACCCAGACAUGGAGCCCUGUGUGGAUGGCUGGGUGUACGACAGAACCUCCUUCUCAUCCACCAUCGUGACUGAGUGGGAUCUGGUAUGUGACUCUCAAUCACUGACUUCAGUGGCUAAAUUUGUAUUCAUGGCUGGAAUGAUGGUGGGAGGCAUCCUAGGCGGUCAUUUAUCAGACAGAUUUGGGAGAAGGUUCGUGGUCAGAUGGUGUUACCUCCAGGUCGCCAUUGUUGGCACCUGUGCAGCCUUGGCUCCCACCUUCCUCAUUUACUGUGCACUACGCUUCUUGUCUGGGAUUGCUGCAAUGAGCCUCAUAACAAAUACUAUUAUGUUAAUAGCCGAGUGGGCAACACACAGAUUCCAGGCCAUGGGAAUUACAUUGGGAAUGUGUACUUCUGGUAUUGCAUUUAUGACCCUGGCAGGCCUGGCUUUUGCCAUUCGAGACUGGCAUAUCCUCCAGCUUGUGGUGUCUGUACCAUACUUUGUGAUCUUUCUGACCUCAAGUUGGCUGCUAGAGUCUGCUCGGUGGCUCAUUAUCAACAAUAAACCAGAGGAAGGCUUAAAGGAACUUAGAAAAGCUGCACACAGGAGUGGAAUGAAGAAUGCCAGAGACACCCUAACCCUGGAGAUUUUGAAAUCCACCAUGAAAAAAGAACUGGAGGCAGCACAAAAAAAAAAACCUUCUCUGUGUGAAUUGCUCCACAUGCCCAACAUAUGUAAAAGGAUUUCCCUCCUGUCCUUUACGAGAUUUGCAAACUUCAUGGCCUAUUUUGGCCUUAAUCUCCACGUCCAGCAUCUGGGGAACAAUGUUUUCCUGUUGCAGACUCUCUUUGGUGCAGUCAUCCUCCUGGCCAACUGUGUUGCACCUUGGGCACUGAAAUACAUGAACCGUCGAGCAAGCCAGAUGCUUCUCAUGUUCCUACUGGCAAUCUGCCUUCUGGCCAUCAUAUUUGUGCCACAAGAAAUGCAGACGCUGCGUGAGGUUUUGGCAACGCUGGGUUUAGGAGCGUCUGCUCUUGCCAAUACCCUUGCUUUUGCCCAUGGAAAUGAACUAAUUCCCACCAUAAUCAGGGCAAGAGCUAUGGGGAUCAAUGCAACCUUUGCUAAUAUAGCAGGAGCCCUGGCUCCCCUCAUGAUGAUCCUAAGUGUGUAUUCUCCACCCCUGCCCUGGAUCAUCUAUGGAGUCUUGCCCUUCAUCUCUGGCUUUGCUUUCCUCCUCCUUCCUGAAACCAGGAACAAGCCUCUGUUUGACACCAUUCAGGAUGAGAAAAAUGAGAGAAAAGACCCCAGAGAACCAAAGCAAGAGGAUCCCAGCAUGGAAGUGACGCAGUUUUAAGGAAUCCCAGGAGCUGACUGCUGAUCAAUGAGCCAGAUGAAGGGAACAAUCAGGACUAUUCCUAGACACUAGCAAAAUCUAGAAAAUAAGUAACAAGGCUGGGCGCGGUGGCUCGCACCUGUAAUCACAGCACUUUGGGAGGCUGAGGCGGGCAGAUCACGAGGUCAGGAGAUUGAGACCACCCUGGCCAACAUGGUGAAACCCUGUCUCUACUAAAACAAAUAUAAAACUUAGCUGGGAGUAGUGGCACAUGCCUUUAAUUCCAGCUACUUGGGAGGCUGAGGCAGGAGAAUCACUUGAACCCGAGAGGUGGAAAUUGCAAUGCGCCAAGAUUGGGCCACUGCACUCCAGCCUGGUUGCAGAGCAAGACUGCCUCAAAAAAAAAAAAAAAAAAAGAAAAAAAGAAAGAAAGAAAAAAGAAAUAAUAACAAGAUAUAGUGAAUAAGUAGAUUCACUUCACAAUUGUGGUACUA